AUGUUUAGACAUUUAUCUUUUAGUUUACGUAAAUUAUCUUCUCAAGUAGUAACUAAUAUGGAAGAAGCUGUUAAUAAAGUAUUAAAGGAAUCCUUUCCAAAAGCUGUGAAAAUAACUACUGAAGAUGUAUCUGGAGGUUGCGGUCAACACUUUAAAAUAUAUGUUGAAAGUGAAGAAUUUAAGGGAAAAAGUAGAAUUCAACAACAUAAGUUAGUUACAGGAGCCUUAAAAGAUUAUAUAUCACAAUGGCAUGCUGUUACAAUUGAUACAAAAGCUAUUUAG